GGAAUGACAUACACUGCCAGUACCAGCUCAUGCUGUCUGCCACUCAUGAUGCCAUGCACGUAUUGUUUCACGUCCAACCACAGGCUCCUUAAUCCACGGCCAGACUACCCACUUACAAAGAGGGCCCCUAUAGGUUGGCAUCUAUACAGCCUCAUCAUCUUGCAUCGAAAGGGGAAAGAGGGUAGAAGUUAUGGGCCCGGAAUAUGGGGAAAGAAAGCACACACCGAGCAAGACCAAUACAAGGCAAGACUUGAUGCGACGAGCGUGCCACGCUACCGGCACGGUGCUCCUUGCAUAUUAGCCAAGAUACGUCAUUAACCACAUAGUAAUCCGACUUCUAGAAGGGUUCUUGUGGGUACGAUACUAACUGAGGCUAUUUCCUAUUUCGGACGAUAAUAGGAUUUAGAUAGUAUAACAAUCUCCCCGCCUCACAUAUAAAAGCUGAGUAUCAGAGACAGUCUUCGAGAGGAAGGGCAAGUAGAAUUCCCACCAUGGCUAAACAAGAGCUUUCAGAAUCGGAAAGCCAAGAAAAGAUCACCGUGGUGGCUGGCAAGCCUACCAGGCCUCAGAUUGUGUUUCCACACGGGUGGAGACUGUGCUUUAUUAUACUUGGGUAUGCUAUACUCGCGAUUCCCGGGCCAUUUAAUACUUCGUUGGCUAAACACAAAUAUUGGUCCUAGGCUGGUGAUUAGCCUUUUUUUG